UAUAGGAACCUCAAAAUCGCGAAAUUAACAUGCCGCAAAAAUUUCAUGUAAUAAGGUAUGUUACCUUGUACUAAGCAAGUGUGAGGGCCAUACUGGGGAAUACUGGACCGAGGUCAUUAUGGCAUGAGGGUUAAUAUUCCCCAGUAUGGCUCAAGCACGCUAGGUUAGUAAGCACAAAACAAAAAAUACAUGACUUAAGACUGUUACCAUGAAAUUGCUCCAUAUGCCAAAAUCCUGACCAAGAAAGAACCAACCAGAACGCUUGGAUUUACUUCAAGACUACCUUGCUAUAUAAUUACUAGCAGAACUAAUUACUUCUGUGAGGGUGAUAAAUAUUAAUUUCAAAUUUGUGUCCCUUUUUGUAGAAUACUUCCACUGCAUUCCCGAAUCACCACCCAUGAACAAGGAAGUGUCUUCCAAAAACCACCAGAGGGUUUCAGAAAGGUCAUCUUGGCUACAAACAUUGCUGAAAGUUCAAUCACUGUUCCAGACAUCAAAUAUGUUAUUGAUUUUUGUCUGGAGAAAUGUCUAAUUUGCGAUCCAGAGACAAACUUCCAGAGUUUACGGCCGCAAUGGGCAUCCAAAGCCAACUGUACACAACGUAAAGGUCGUGCCGGGCGUGUGUCGACAGGAACAUGCUACAGAAUGGUAACCAGGGAGUUUUAUGAAUCAUGCCUUCCACAGUUUGGUAUUCCUGAGAUGCAGAGAUGUCCACUAGAACAGGUUGUGUUGAAAGUGAAGCUCUUGGAUAUUGGUCCCCCCAAGGCUGUGCUAAGACUGGCAUUACAGCCUCCAGAUUCAGACGACAUUGAGCGGACAGUCUUGCUAUUGAAGCAGGUGGGUGCCCUGACCAUUGUUAUGAAGAAUGGUACCAUUAAUCCUUGUGAUGGAGAGCUGACAUUUAUUGGCAAAGUGCUGGGUAGCCUGCCGAUUGAUGUUCACCUUGGAAAGCUGCUGGUUUUUGCAUAUGUGUAUGGUUGCCUUGAAGAAUGCCUUGUUAUCAGUGCUUCAUUGUCUUUGCAGUCCUUCUUUGCAAAUCCCUUUAAGAAGGAAUUUGAUGCUUACAGGUAAAUGUAGUCCAUCUGUCAAUCUUGAAAAUAUCCCCAAGUGGCCCUGCUUACAUAGGAUUUUGUCUGUUGUGCCCGUGAAAAUGGCACAUUAUGCUUCUAGCAGUGCUCAGAAUUUUUGGAAAUUAUGUGGAAAUUAUGCUAGUUUCUCUAAAUUAUGCUUCUUGCCAUCAAAAUUAUGCUAUCUGGUUUUUAAGCAAAAUGAAGAAAGAACAGGGUAAAUAGAGGCAAAAUAGAACAAACCCUUAUCUAGUGACUGCAGAAUAAC